AUGACUUCCUCUUGGUGUCUGCCUCUGGCUCUCCUGGUCUCCACCCUUGCCGUUUCACACAGCGCCGAGACCGGCUCCACACACGCCAAGAGGAGAUUGGCACAGCCCUCGCCAGGAAAUGGCAAUGCCCUCCAGUACCCUGAGCAGGGCUUCCUGAGCCAUGGGCACGGCAGGGAGCGUGAAGGGGGGCAUGGGGGCCAGGGGGCCCGCAGUGCCAAAGCCAGUACUGGGGCUGGGCUCCUCUCCCACAGUCCCCUGCACCCCGCAACUCGACCUGAGGAUGAUGGGACUGGUCUGGAGGGCCUAAGCCCGGUGAGACUGGAGAUGGGCCCUGGAGGCAGGGAGAGGGAGAAGGGUCACGGGGGCUUCAGGAACCCAUCUCAUGCUCGGGACAACCACCCUCUGGGGCCACGCAAGGGGAGGGGACAGGGACAUGGGCACCACUUUGACCACAGGAGACAUGGAGGUCGGAGAGACAAGGGUCGGCACACUAAAGGUGAGUCACCAAAGGAUCUAGGGUUAUCAGAUAAUGAGCCGUGAGCCUGUUUGGGAUUAGUUCUGUUUACAUAUGAUACAUAUGAUUGUGAAAGAGCCCAAAUGAAAAUAUAAAGUGACAUAUAAUUUGAAAGCUACAGCCCUUGUCUUUUUGGAAAGGGUACACCUUGAUGUUUAUUGUGAAGCAAUGCACUUCCUUCUCCAUCCACAAUACCUUGUAUGCAUCCUCCACAUGUGCCAUUGAUCUGGCUCAUCGUUUACAAUAGGAAAAUAAGUUUCCUCACCUGUAAAUAAAUAAAAACUCCAUAACUUGAAAGCCCUGAUUGGUAAGGUCAUUUUAAGAUGUCAGGCUUGAAAAUCCGCUCAGCCAUUUUGGCUAAGUGACUCACUACCCAAACCAGACACAACUGGUUUCAAGUGGCCAAGAGACGUCAUGUGACCUCCUACUGCUAUCAAGUGCAGGGGUUCUCAAACUGGGGUCCGAAGACCCGAGGUCCUACAGGGGGUCCGCGGCCAGAUCUCAAUUUUUGUUUUUUUAAAGAAUAUUAUUAGCAACAACAGAUUUAACACAUUUUAUUCCAAGGGAUCCAUGGAAUAGAUUUCAUGGCAAAAUUUGUAAAAUUGCAGGAUAUUAGCUUUAAUGCUGCACAACAACAAAUCUCUCUGCCCCAUGACAAAAUGUGUAGACCUGCAGGAAAUUAGCUUGAAAACUGCAACCUUUUUUCUCCAAUGCCAAGGGGUGGGCCUUUAAAAUGUUCCUUCCCAGGGCCCGAGACUUAGUUCGCCCGACCAUGCACUUCUGAAGUCAUAGUAAAACUCCUUGUAUGCUAUUUUAUCUCACUCGAGUUAUGAGUGGGUCCCUGAUGAAUUUACUAUCACAAAAGGGGUCCCUGGCCCCAAAAAGUUUGAUCAAGUGGACAAAGUGGGAAUCACAGGGGACAUACAGUACCAGUCAAAAGUUUAGACACACUCAAUGUACACCUACUCAUUCCAGGGUUUUCCUUUAUUUUUACUAUUUUCCACAUUGUAGAAUAAUAGUGAAGACAUCGAAACUAUGAAAUAACUGGUAGUGUACAAAACAUUAGGAACACUCUGCUCUUUCCAUGACAUAGACUGACCAGGUGAAUCCAGGUGAAAGCUAUGAUCCCUUGUUGAUGUCACUUGUUAAAUCUACUUCAAUCGGUGUAGAUGACAGAUUAAAGAAGGAUUUUUAAGAAUUAAGACAAUUGAGACAUGGAAUGUGUAUGUGUGCCAUUCCGAGGGGAAUGGGCAAGACAAGACAUUUAAGUGUCUUUGAACGGGGUAUGGUAGUAGGUGCCAGGCGCACCGGUUUGAGUGUGUCAAGAAGUGCUACGCUGCUGGAUUUUUCACGCUCAACAGUUUCCCAUGUGUAACAAGAAUGGUCCACCACCCAAAGGACAUCCAGCCAACUUGACACAACUGAGGGAAUCAUUGGAGUCAACAUGGGCCAGCAUCCCUGUGGAACGCUUUUGACACCUUGUAGAAUCCAUGCCCCGACGAAUUAAGGCUGAUCUAAGGGCAAAAGGGGGUGCAACUCAAUAUUAGGAAGGUGUUCUCAGUGUAUUUACAUCAUUGGAUAGGAAGAGACUUCAGUUUUCUCAUCAUACAGUACAUUCGGAAAGUAUUCAGACCCCUUGACUUUUUCCACAUUUUGUUACAUUACAGCCUUAUUCUAAAAUUGAUUGAAUCAAUCUACACACAAAACCCCAUAAUAACAAAGCAAAAACAUGUUUGUAGACAUUUUUGCAAAUGUAUAUAAAAAAAUACAAAUAAAAAAUAUUACAUUUACAUAAGUAUUCAGACCCUUUACUCAGUACUUUGUUGAAGCACCUUUGGCAGUGAGUACAGCCUCGAGUCUUCUUGGGUAUGACGCUACAAGCUUGGCACACCUGCAGAUCCUUUCAAGCUCUCAGAUUGGAUGGGGAGUGUCGCUGCACAGCUAUUUUCAGGUCUCUCCAGAGAUGUUAGAUCGGGUUCAAGUCUGGGCUCUGGCUAGGCCACUCAAGGACAUUCAGAGACUUGUCCCGAAACCACUCCUGCGUUGUCGUGGCUGUGUGUUUAGGGUCGUUGUCCUGUUAGAAGGUGAACCUGGAGCAGGUUUUCACCAAGGAUCUCUCUGUACUUUGCUCCAUUCAUCUUUCCAUCGAUCCUGACUAGUCUCCCAGUCCCUGCUGCUGAAAAACAUCCCCACAGCAUGAUGCUGCCACCACCAUGCUUCACCAUAGGGAUGGUGCAAGGUUUCCUCCAGACGUGACGCUUGGCAUUCAAUCUUGGUUUCAUCAGACCCGAUAAUCUUGUUUCUCAUGGUCUGAGAGUCUAGGUGCCUUUUGGCAAACUCCAAGCGGGCUGUCAUGUGACUUUUUACUGAAGAUUGGCUUCUGUCUGGCCACUCUACCAUAAAGGCCUGAUUGGUGGAGUGCUGCAUAGAUGGUUGUCCUUCAGGAAUGUUCUCCCAUCUCCACAGAGGAACUAUGGAGCUCUUUCAGAGUGACCAUCAGGUUCUUGGUCACCUCCCUGACCAAGGCUCUUCUCCUCCAAAUGCUCAGUUUGGCCGGGCGGCAGGCCCAGCACCACGAGGGGGCAAAAGGGGGCAAUCCCCCCUCAGUUUUGUAUCCCUAUUCUGUCCCACAAUCUGCUCCCUCUGUUAUGCCCAACCAAUUUAUUUUGUAUGCUUCAUUCAUGCAACUCCCUUGCACGCAUCAUACGUACGUCAUACAUAUUUUACCAGUUGAAAAAAACGAUAGAAGGGCGGGGUCAAUUUGACCGUUUAGGUUUACUUUCAACGUUUCGUUCUACUGGAUGGAAUUUCGCUUAUGUUAACAGUUAGGUAGGUAGCUGAUAGCAUGAUGGAUAUUAGAAAGUGGCUUCGCCAGGGCACAAUGGCAGCAUAGGAUCAAAGCGGCAGGGAGGGGGAGAAGCCUGCCACAGAGGCCAAGGCCGCUGAGCCGACACUAAGGCACCUGCGCAACAGUCUUGCAGCCUGGUGACAUAGGAGGUAACCAACCCGAGGAGGGGCCUGCAGCCGCCAAGACUGAACCUAGCAGCAGCACCGCCAGGAUAUUAUAAGCACCGACGCCUCCGUUAGUGCCUGACGACCUCGGUGAUGAGGAACCAGCGCAGGUUUGUCUGGGGAAAUACCCAACCCGCUUGUACUGUGGGAGAAAACUGGCAUUUUGUAUCGCAUGGUUCAAAGGCAGAGAGUGGCUGGAAUAUUCCUGCAGGGCAGAUGCAGCUUUCUGCUAGCCUUGUCGAAAAUUUUACAUCGGCUCCAAUGCUAACGCCGAUAAGGCAUUCACCCAAACUGGAUAUAAUAACUGGCGACAUGCCAUUGAUAGCAACAAGGGACUGGGGAGGCACGCAUCAAGCAAAGAACAUUUGAAAUGCAUGGUACUUUGGACAGAAGGACAAGCAAGGAAUGCACAGAGAGCGGAGAUUUCAACACUUGUGAAUUCCUCACACCUUGCAAAAAAUUGAUAUUUGUCAUCGAUUGUGGACAUUGUGGCAUUUCUUGCUGUCAACGAGCUUCCUCUCAGGGGAACUUUGGAUGCGAUGGAUGGAAGAGGGGAGGGGGGCGGCGGACUAUUCCUGGUGAUGUUAUAUUAUACGCUCAGGAAAGACAAGGAACUUGCUAGUGCCUUAAGCACAAUUCCCUGCAAUGCCACAUACACAUCUCAUGACAUCCAGAACGAAAUAAUUGGGCUCAUGAGUGAGGUAGUCACAGAGGAAAUUGUGAAGGAAGUAGGUGAUUCAUGGUACACACUUAAAGUGGAUGGGACUAAAGACCCAACCGGGUGCAAGAACAUUUCAAUUGUACUCCGUUACGUGGGCGAAAACAACCGUGUUUGUGAGUGGCUACUGUCAAUGGCAACGAGUAAAGAAUGUGAUGCUUUAUCGCUGACUAACUUGGUCCUGUCAGAGCUAACAUAUGUUGGCCUUGGCACCGAGAAGAUUCUUAGUCCAUUUUAUGAUGGGGCCAGUGUGAUGUCUGGUAAACAUGGGGGCAUGCAAAAGGUAGUACAGGACAAGCUGAAAUGGGAAGUGCCAUAUGUGCAUUGGUUUAACCACCAACUGCAUUUAGUCAUAGUGCACGCUAUGUCCUCAGGGUGAAUUGUAUGACUUUUUUAAUGUGUGUUUCUCAGGAAACCAACGGUGGCUGCGCAAUAUAUGGGAGAGAAACUGAAACAGUUGCUUGAGCAGCAAUGGACUGGUCAUCUGGCCACGGUGAGUGUCAUUAUAAAAUCUCUGGACAGCAUCAUCCACCUGCUCAGAGAAAUCGAGAGUACCCGCACCUACGGUACAGAGGUGCGACUGAGGCUGUGGGCCUAUUUAAAGCUGUUUCCGAGCCGAGCUUCAGAUUCAUUGCCUUCAUGGUCCCCAAAGUCCUCAGCCUGCUCGACCCCCCUAACAAGUUACUUCAGGCUGAAGCAACUGAUCUGUACACUGGCAUCCGAGUCGUCUGCAGUGCCCACAAUUGCGUGGAAAAACUGCGACGUGACAGUGAGUUUGAUGAGUUAUGGUAGAAAUACAAACACACGGACACCCCCGCUCCAAGCAAACGGCAAAGAGUAGUGAGUAGUAAUCUGAAAGAAUAUGUAGUCGAAACAACAAUGGGCCAGCAAGAAGAGGAUAAUGAGAAGGAGUGCAAAAUACUGUUUUUCAGCACUCUGGAUGCUGUACUGGGAGAAAUGUCAGCAAGAUUUAACGAACGAAACAGCCAACUUGUUGAGGCCCUGUGUGCCUUGCACCCAGAUAAUGAAACCUUUAUGGAUGUGGAAAAGGUGAAACCACUGCUGGACUUAAUCUCAGGAGACAUUGUGGAAGCUGAGUUUACUGUCGCACGCCAGUUUCUACAGACUGAAAUCGUCCGAUCUGGAGGAGAAAAAUUGACUAUGCAGAGCAUUUUGGAUAGAUACUCCAGGCCUCUAACGGCAAUGCCUACUGUGAUGAUGGCAUUUAAGCUGGGAUUAACAUUUGGAGCAUCCACGGCAACUUGCGAGAACUCUUUUUCAACGUUGAAAAACGUAUUCAGUGAGCACAGACGGAGCAUGUUGCACAGGAGGAAAGCGCAGCUGAUUGAACUGGCAUUUGAGAGAGAUCUUACAAGCAAAUACCGUGGGGAUUGGAACGAGAGGCUGCUGAGGAGGUUCAACAUAGCAUCAAGGCGGAUGCAACUCUUUUGAAUCUGGGUAAGAACAGGCAGCCUGGCUGGGCUUGUAUUAUUUUGUUAUUUGCUAGCUUUUGGAAAUGCGUGGCAAAUGUCAGAAAUAGGCGUAGAUGUGAUUUUCUUAAUUGGCGUUGCUGCCAAGUUUACUGCUUGAUUUCUGUGAUGUGAUUGGAUUGGAAAUGUUUGGUUUAUAAUAUAGUCAGAUUGUUUUUAAUGUUGUUUUAUAUGGUAGAAGAGGUGCUUUGCAUUACAUUGAUGAGGGUGGGCAGACCUUGACCAAUGGUUGAGUAACGAUGUAGCUAUAGUGUUGCCAUAAACAACUCAUUGCUAUGGAAUACUAAUUUCUCUGUUAUUAUACACUGCGUAGUAUGGCACUCUUGUGGGAAGACAGCUUGGUAGCUGCGUCCAAGCUGCAUUGUACUGACAACUGUGGGACCUUAUAUAGACAGGUGUGUGCCUUUCCAAAUCAUGUCCAAACAAUUUAAUUUACCACAGGUGGACACCAAUCAAGUUGUAGAAACAUCUCAAGGAUGAUCAAUGGAAACAGGAUGCACCUGAGCUCAAUUUCGAGUUUCAUAGCAAAGGGUCUGAAUACUUAUGUAAAUAAGGUAUUUCUGUUUUUGAUUUUUUAUAAAUUUGCAAAACUUUCUAAAAACCUGUUUUUGGUUUGUCUUUAUGGGGUACUUCGUGUAGAUUGAUGAGGGAAAAUUUUAAUUUAAUUAAUUUUAGAAUAAGUCUGUGACAUAACAAAAUGUGGAAAAAGUCAAGGCAUCUGAAUACUUUCUGUAUGCACUGUAUGUAUAUCAUUCCUGUAAGACAAAAAAUGAAGGCAUGGCACAUUGUACAAGCCCUGCGCUUUUAAAAUGGCUGUGUUCCUAUGGGAAUUUGUACAUGUUUAGAGCUCCACCAUUAAAACCCUCCCGUUGUCCUAGGGUCAAAAUGACCCGCCACUGUGUUGAACCAACUUUAUUUAAUUUGUAUAUUUUUUGGAUCAUUUGUGAGAAGGAGGCAGUGAUACUUUCUUUAAAGUCUCACUGCCUCCUUCUCACAAAUGAUCCCCCAAAUAUAAAAAUUAAAUAAAGUUGGUUCAACACAGUGACGGGUCAUUUUGACCCUAGGACAACGGGAGGGUUAAGUAAAAGAUCUGACCAUUUGUUUGGUUUUUUAAUACAUCGUUUUGGGACAGUAUUUGGUGACAUAUUUUAUCUCAAACCUAGACUUUCAAAUCUCUUACUCCCCAACAUUUGACUUGGCUCUGUAAUAGUAAAAAAAAUUCUGACACCUUUAUCAGAAUCCCACAGUUUUUACCUUUCUAACAGUACUAAACAUGCGUUUACAAUAUACAAUAUUAUGCGUUGUUUAGAAAAUGCCACCAGAGGGCGCCAUGGUUUAAGAGGUUAAGUGUGAAGUUGACCUUAUACUUAAAAAACUAAACAAAACUGCAUUUCCUUGUCGACAGGGAGAAAUCUUCUCAGGUGGAUAUGAUCAUGUCUGGUCUUUCCUCUCCUCCCCCACCCCUGUUCUGUCCAUCCAUCCUUCCUAUAGGUUUCCUCCCUGAGCCUGAGCUAGGCUCUGUUCUGAAGGAGGGAUCUGUCUCCUCCGCCAUCUUUGGUUCCGGCGCCUCUGCGUUUACCAUGGUGAUGAGCGAACAUCCCCCAACGCUGCCCCCAGCCUCCACCAAACCCCAGGUACCCCAUAAAGACAUAUGAGUGCUUAUUCAAAACAACAUUGUCUAUUGUAAUUCAGUGUUGUAGGAUUUGUAGAGCUAUUCAUGGUAAAGAAAGAGUCCUAUUUGAAAAUACCUAGGCUCCGUAAUGGGCUUAAUGUAUCACAUAGCUCAUUGCUCAUCUCAGAGAAAUGAGGAGACAGGCUUUUUAAAUUACCUAUCAUCUCUCCUUCACUUUCUCCCAGAAUGCUGCCUGCCAUCACAAUUAUCACUCACCCGGAUAGAUAGAUAGAUAGAUAGAUAGAUAGAUCCCUUCCCUGCUUCUCACUUAUACAAAUGCUCCCCCUCUUCUAUCCUCCCUCUAUUUUUCUCAGGAUGCUAUUAAACCACCAAUACACUCAUCAGACUGGUAAAUAACAGUACUCAGCCAAUGUUGAGGUCUGACUGACUCCAGGCUGGUGUUCUGUGGUGCCUAUCCCAGGUCCAUAGUUUCAUAGUUACUGAAGCCCUGUCUGGCUUUACUGGCCCCUGUGAGUAUUUGAUGUCUGGACUGUCUGACUGCUUGGUAUGCUGUUUACAAGCUGCCAGAGAGCAUUGGAUAUUGUGUGCAUGUCUUUAUUCAGGAGCUGUCAGAUACCGGCCUGCAGUGGAAAUGAUAGCCUCACUUGGAGUGGACCUGGGUUCAAUGACACAGGGACGCUGCGAGAGUUCUUAAUUAACGUUCGAUCCCGGCUGAUGGCUAAAUGAACAGCCAAGCACUAGUAUCCCACCGCCAUUCAUCUAAUUGAUGUUCCUCAAUGUUUCCUCUGGGUGAGAUGAAAUGAGCUGGGAUCAAUGUGCACAAGGAGUCUGUUUGGCACAGACCCUUAUUUCCUGAUAGAUGUUCUUCUCAGGUCCAUUCUCUCUAGACAUCCCAUGGAGACCUCUCAAUGUCAUAUUGACUUCAUUAUAACCUGCUAUUAUUUUGUCAACACGGUCCAGAGGAAAGGAGUUAUGUAAAGAGCUUCGUUGAAGUUUAUGACAUCAGUUUUGGCUAAGUAAUCCUCUGAGGAGUUUUAUUCAAUAUUGACUCAUGCUUAAAUUGCUUUGGUUCAGGGUGUGAUAUUGAAGGACAUUGACAUACCGGUAAAAUCACAGCUGUGUGAAAGUGAUUCACAGGCCUUCUACUCUGACCAGUAGUAACACUGUUUAGUACGAUGCAUGUAUGCUGCCUCAGGGCCAUAAACAGUGCAGUAGGAAGCCAUGUCCUCCGAAGCCCACUGAUUGCCUGUAAAGCACUCUGGGCUGUGAAGUCCUGAGUGUCCACAACUAACAGGCCAUUUUAUCUGCCAGGUGUCUGUUCACAUCCUCCCCAACAGAGACAUACGGGAAUGUAGUUAUAGACUACUUAAGUGUGGCUAUAAUAUUUUCUCUGCAUUACAGAAGUCAGGCCACAAUGUGCAAGGAGAGGUGAUGCCCACUCUGGACAUGACACUGUUUGACUGGACGGACUACGAGGACAUGAAGCCAGUGGAUGCCUGGCCAUCCUCCAGGAAGAAAGGUCAGCACUUUCUUCAAAUACACAUUUAGUCAUCUCAGUUUGAGAAGAUACAGCUAAUAUUAAUGUUGGUUGAAAGUCACACAUGAAUAAGUGUUCACUCCCCCAAAAAUCCUAAUGAUCCCUUUGCAUGUGCUGAAGACAAGCGGCGCAGUAAGAACCUGAGCAGUGGCAACGUGACGGUGGACGCUGAUGCCAUCGAGCCAUGUGACCACCACUUGGACUGCCUCCCA